AGCAGAGUGUCGGGAUCUCCAGCAGCUCCGCUCCAUAUAUUUCCUGUGACCCAGCGUUUUAGGGAUUCAUUCAUCCUAGUGAGAGCUGAUGCUUGGUAUGUCCGGACGGGAUCUGUCCAUCUACCCACCUCUCUGUCCAUCCAGCUGUAGCCCAUACAUCACUCCUGCCUCCGCAUCUACCCCCGGGAAGGUCAGACGCAUCAUUGUUGAUCAGCAGACCUGACAACUUAAAACAUUUAUUGUUCUUCUCUUCCUGAUCAGCGUUUCACCACCGGGAGAUUAUUACUGCAUUCAGCGGUUGCUGACCUCGCAAGGAUGGAUGGCUGACCUUGGAGCUCACUGAUUGGUUUGCUGAUCUUCGCUGGCCGCAGCUGCUGUCAUGGCCAAAAGCCCGGAGGUGAAGCUGGCCGUCUUCGGCAGAGCGGGGGUGGGCAAGUCAGCUUUGGUGGUGAGACUUCUGACUAGACGCUUCAUCUGGGAGUACGACCCGACACUCGAAUCAACAUAUCGCCAUCAAGCCAACAUUGACGAUGAGGUUGUCACCAUGGAGAUUCUAGACACUGCCGGGCAGGAGGACGUCCAGCAGAAGGAGAGUCACAUGCGUUGGGGUGACGGAUUCGUCAUCGUGUACGACAUCACAGACCGCGGAAGCUUUGAGGAGGUGGCGCCGCUCCGAAGUCUCCUCGAGGAGGUGAAGAAGCCAAAAAAUGUCCCUUUGGUGCUUGUGGGCAACAAGUCCGAUCUGGAACACGUCCGGCAGGUCGGCACAGAGGAAGGCGAGCGGCUGGCAGCUGAAAUGGCGUGCGCCUUCUACGAAUGUUCAGCAUGUGCCAAUGAGGGCGGCACUGUGGCCGAAGCGUUCCACGAGCUGUGCCGCGAGGUGAGGCGCCGCAAGGCCGUGCAGGGCAAGGCCAGACGCCGCAGCUCUACCACACAUGUCAAACAGGCCAUCAACAAGAUGCUGACCAAGAUCAGCAGCUAGGAAAGAGCCACACUACGGUCUGAUGACACAAGCAAUGUACAUUCUCUUCUCAUGUAAAUGUUUCAUGUUGGCUCUGAAAUGGACGAAAAAUGUAUGUAGAAUGUGUUCUUUACUUAAUCUCUGACCGUUUUCCAUCAAAAAAGGUCCCACGUGCAAUAUCUCUUAUUCGGAUCAAAAUAAACCUGGAUGUUUCAUGAGGAUACAUAAAUAUGGUGAGGUUCUCAACUCUUCUUUCAUCUCUCAGUCUGAAAAUGAUGCAUGCAAGCAGUCUUAUUUAGCAUGCGAAGAAUCCAAGGAUUUAGUCACUUUGAACGAGAAGAUGCGUGGUUUCCUCUCUGUAUCUUGUCUGUAGGGGGAUAUUGUGAUGUGCUUCGGCCCACGUGCGUAACUGUGCUGUCAUCAGUGGUGAAAGACAAGUAAGAUCAGAGAGCUGCUAUUAUACAAAAGUAGAUCACCUGUCCUUAACCCCUGUCAACCCUUGAAAAGAAUCCCAGGAGUUGUCAACAACUUGUCAUCCUUCAAACAAACCUUGUAAUAAAGUCCCCUUUGUUCAUCCAUCCAUCCAUCGUCCCCUAUAUGUUCUGUUGACAUCAAAUGUUCUGAAGUGGACUCCUAGUGUUUGUCCACAACAUGUGUACAUUUUUCUAUUUUCUCUAAACCUAAAAGGGAAGCAGACACCGUCCAUCCCAACAUAUCACAUUCCAGGGACGUUCUUCAUGGCUGUAAUUUUAAUACUGUAUGUAUGAUAUGAAAUAUUGCCUUAAGCAAUGCUGUAUCAUAAGAGUGUGCAGCACCCAAAGGCAACUUGUUGAUGUAAUCUUUUUUUUUUUUUAUGUAUGUAUGUGACGUGUAUGUUAAAAACAACCAGCUGUGCACUUGAUAUUAAAAACUGAGAUGUAUCCCA